AAUUAGAAUCAUACAAAUGAUCUUUUGACAGCUCAUAAUAGAUCAAUUCCAAUUCAACAUUUCUCAUUAUGGCACGAAUGAAGAUUAAUGCACCGGGCGGCAACGAGAACCAGAUGAAAACAGGAGAAAAGAGGUCAUUGGAUUCCUCAAUUACUACACAAUCUAUGAAACGACCAAAGUUGCAAGAACGUACCGAUUAUUCUCGAUGGCGUUUGCUCGACGAAAGAGGUAGGCAAACCUGGCAUUACCUUGAGAAUGACGAAGAUGCUGCCGAAUGGCCUCAAACAACCGCAGACAAGUAUUUUUUGGGGCUGCCGACUGUACGAAUAUUGUACUAGGCUCUAACAUAGUUGCUAAUAAUGUGAAUAGGAUCUACCCGAUCUUCCUAAAGCGCAAAGUCCUCUAGAUUCCGUCAAAAAUUGCCUUGAAUUCUUCCAACACCUUCAACUUCCUCCUGGAAACUGGGCAUGUGAGUAUGGUGGACCAAUGUUUUUGCUUCCUGGCUUGGUUAUCACUUGGACUGUCACCGAAACCCCAAUCCCCGAUCAUAUUGCAACCGAAAUAAAGAAUUACCUUUUUGCACGAGCACACCCCAGUGACGGAGGGUGGGGAUUACAUAUUGAGGGAGAUAGCAGUGUUUUUGGGACUGCUAUGAAUUAUACAGUUCUCCGGUUAGUUGGGGUCAGCGAAGAGGAUGAACGAAUGGUCAAAGCUAGAGGAACAUUACACAAGCUUGGUGGUGCUAAGAACGGACCACAUUGGGCAAAGUUCUGGCUGAGCGUACUUGGUGUAUGUCAAUGGGAUAUUGUCAAUCCCGUGCCACCAGAGUUCUGGUUGUUGCCUGAUUGGGUACCUUUCCAUCCGUGGAGAUGGUGGAUUCAUAUGCGCCAAGUUUAUACGCCAAUGUCAUUCAUCUGGUCUAAGAAGUUCACUUACAAACCAACACCCAUUGUUGAGCAAUUGCGACAGGAAUUGUUUGUAGAACCAUAUACCGCUAUAGAUUGGGCUGGAAACCGGAACAGUAUUCAUCCGAAAGAUAAUUAUCACCCAAAGUCAUGGCUUCUGAACACAGCAAAUUGGUUUCUAGUUAAUAUCUACAAUCCGUAUCUCCGGACUGAUGCAUUAGCCAAGCAAGCUGAAGAUUGGGUGUUCAAGCUAAUUCAAAUGGAAGACAAAAAUACUGAUUUCUCCAAUCUCGGACCGGUGAAUGGACCCAUGAACUUUCUUGCAUGCUAUAUCCGAGAGGGACCUAAUGCAUACUCCGUGCAAAGGCAUCGAGAAAGGAUGGCUGACUUUAUGUGGGUUAAGGACGAGGGUAUGUUGAUGAAUGGAACGAACGGAGUUCAGUGCUGGGACACGGCAUUCUUGAUACAGGCCGUGAUGGAUGCCGGUUUGGCUGAGGAUGCAAGAUGGAGACCAAUGCUCACUAAAGCACUCGAAUUUCUUGAAGAUCAGCAAAUUCGAGAGAAUGUUGACGAUCAAGAGGUUUGCUACCGCCAGCAGCGAAAAGGGGCUUGGGGUUUCAGUAAUAAAGAUCAAGGAUAUGCUGUUAGCGAUUGUAUCUCUGAAGCGUUAAAAGCUGUUAUACUUUUACAAAGAACCCCUGGAUAUCCGACUUUGCUGGAGGACCAACGUAUCUUCGAUGCCAUUGACACCCUACUCACUUACCAGAACAAAUCUGGUGGCUGCGCAUCAUACGAACCAACCCGGGGCUCAGAGAAAUUGGAGAUGCUGAAUGCGGCUGAGGUAUUUGGUAGGAUUAUGAUCGAAUACGAUUAUCCCGAAUGCACAACUGCUGUGGUCACUGCCUUGUCUCUGUUCACGAAAUACUACCCGGAUUAUCGCGCAUCAGAAAUCAAAGCUUUCAAGAGUCGAGCUAUUGAAUAUAUCAGAAGGGCUCAAUAUGCCGAUGGUAGCUGGUAUGGUAGUUGGGGCAUUUGUUUCACAUACGCAGGAAUGUUCGCUCUCGAGAGUCUUGCAAGUAUUGGAGAGACCUACGAAAACAGUGAGCAUGUGAGGAAAGGAUGUGACUUCUUCAUUUCAAAACAAAGAAGUGAUGGUGGAUGGUCUGAAAGCUAUAAAGUAUGUGCAUCCCUUGGCAUGAAUGCAUGUAAUGCUAACAACUCUUUAGUCCUGCGAACAAGCAAAAUAUAUCGAGCACCCAUCCGGCUCCCAGGUUGUACAGACAGCUUGGGCAUGUAUUGCUUUAAUUGAGGCCAACUACCCAGACCGUACACCAAUCGAGAAAGGUCUGAAGCUUAUUAUGAGUAGACAGCAAGCCAAUGGGGAAUGGCUACAAGAAGCUAUUGAGGGUGUUUUCAACAAAAGUUGCAUGAUCUCAUAUCCUAAUUACAAGUUCAUCUUUCCGAUGAAAGCUUUAGGGAUGUUUGCCAAGAAAUAUGGUGAUGUUAAGCUUCUUUCAUGAUCCAAGGGAGGAAGCUAUUUGGACAACGACGUAUGAUUAUGAAUACAUAUAUAAAUAUAAUAGCUUAAUUUAAUAAUGACAAAUUUACUUUGCACCUA